CUUCAGAGGUAUGAAGAUACCCGAUAAGUUCGUGUAUGUCAGGAACAGAGGCAUCGACCAAUGCAGAGCAGAAUGCAGCCGUAAUUGCGAUUGCACUGCGUAUGCUUAUGCUAACCUGCAAAAUGGCAGCACGUCUGAUGACAUGUCAAGGUGCUUGAUUUGGUUGGGGGAGCUUGUCGACACGGGAAAGUUUCGUGAUGGCGAGAACCUGUACCUCCAUAUAGCCAGUUCAACAGUUGACAAGGAGAGUAAUGUAUUGAAGAUUGUACUCCCAAUAAUUGCUAGUAUUCUGAUACUCACAUGUGUCAGCCUUGUGUGGAUAUGCAAGUCAAGAGUGUGGCAUUUUCUUAAAUCUAAUUCAUUUUCCUUGGAAUCAUUUAACAGUGGUUACAUGUCUCCUGAAUAUGCGAUGGAAGGCAGCUUUUUUGUCAAGUCUGACACCUACAGCUUUGGGAUUUUGCUGUUGGAGAUUGCAUGGAGCUUAUGGGUUGAUGGAAAUGCAAGCGAAUUGGUGGACCGGUCGGUUGUGGAGAGUUGUCCACUUGAUGAAGUUCUAUGA